CACCCAAGUCCGGCUCGCCGCUACCGUGUUCGCCGCCCGCCAUGCUCAGGGGCAUGCGCCGGUGGAGCCCCGGCGCCCGCGCCUUCUCCGCGGCGCCGGCCGCGCGGGCCACCGUGCCGGUCGCGCACCUCGCCCCGCUCCCGGCGUCCCUGCCGGAGUCCGGCUACACCGUCACCCCGCCGCUCCAGCCCUGGCCGCGCCGCCUCACCGCGCGCUCGCUCGCCCGCCUCCUCCUCCUCCGCGCGCCCACGCCCGACGCCGCGGUCCUCGCCCUCCGCCACGCGCUCUUCCACGCCGCCCCUCCGCUGCCGCCCUCGCUCCCGGUCUUCGCCGCGGCACUCUCCCGCCUCGCCCGCGCCGCCGCCUCCGACGCCGGCGCCGCGGCGCGACUCCUGCCCCCCGUCCUCUCCUUGCUCCGCGCCGCACGCCUCCCGGCCUUCUCCGACCGCCCCUUCCUGCCGCUCCUCCGCGCGCUCCGCCCGCUUCCCUCCCUCCGCCUCUUCCUCUCGCUCCCGUCCUUCAACUCCCACCCCUCCGUCCGCUCCUUCAACGCGCUCCUCCACUCCAUCGUCUCCGCGCGCCGCCUCCGCCUCGCCGCCGCGCUCUUCCGCACUGCACGAACCAAGCUCUACAUCACGCCCAACCUCGUCUCCUGCAACAUCCUGCUCAAGGGGCUCGUUGGCGUCGGUGACCUCGAUGCUGCACUAAAGGUGCUCGACGAAAUGACUGGGUGGGGGAUCGUCCCGGAUGUCGUCACCUACACCACGGUUCUCACUGCCUACUGCAGCAAAGGGGAUCUUGAAGGUGCACAGAAGCUCGUUGAUGAUAUUAUUGCCAGCGGGCGUAGGCCGGAUGCUACAAUGUACACUGUGCUCAUAGAUGGGUACUGCAUGCGUGGGAAGCUACAAGAUGCAGCUAGGAUAAUGGAUGAGAUGGAAGCUGCUGGGGUGCAGCCGAAUGAGGUUACAUACUCUGUGGUGAUUGAGGCGUGCUGCAAGGAAGGAAAAUCUGCGGAGGCACGUGAUCUGAUGAGGGAAAUGCUAGGUGCAGGGUAUGUCCCGGACACACCACUGUGUGCUAAAGUAGUUGAUGUGAUAUGCCAGGAUGGAAAGGCAGGGGAGGCAUAUGAGAUGUGGAGAUGGAUGGUGAAGAAGAACGUCCCACCAGAUAACGCCAUCACGAGCACAUUGAUCUACUGGUUAUGCAAGAAUGGCAUGGUUCAGGAGGCGAGGAAGCUGUUCGAUGAGCUUGAGAAGGGGCUCGUGCCAAGCUUGUUGGCGUGUAACUCACUUAUUCUAGGAUUAUGCGAGAAUGGAGAGUUACAGGAGGCUGGGAGGGUGUGGGAUGACAUGGUCGAACGGCGAUAUGAACCAAAUGCAAUGACUUAUGAGGCUUUGAUCAAGGGUUUCUGCAAAAUGGGCAAGUCAAAUGAAGGUGCUGCACUGUUUAAGGAGAUGGUGGCCAAAGGAUGCACUCCAAGCAAGUUUAUUUACCAAGUAUUGGUUGAUAGCCUUUCUGAGCCAAGUUAUGAUGAUACUUUUUGCACUAUUGUUGAAGCUGCAGUUUUAAGUGGUCACGAUUUCUUGGAUGCUGAAUCGUGGGAAAUAUUUAUCAGAAAAGUGUUAGAUACAAAUGAAUCUUGGACAAAGCAUCUCGAUUUGGUGCUAACUAUGUAGCCACAAAGAAUUCAUAUUAUAGCUGGAAGCCUGGAACUUCUUAUUUGUUCUGAUACUUUUUCUCGUGAAAAUUAUAUCAUUGGACUUCUUCAGAAAAUUAAUCAGAUCAAAAGAGAAAUUAAAAUCCUUCAGAAUCUUGGUGGAGGCCCUGAUAUUGUGAAGCUGCUUGAUAUUGUUAGAGACCAGCACUCAAAAACACCUAGUGUGAUCUUUGAAUAUGUCAACAACACAGAUUUCAAAGUGCUUUACCCAACAUUGACAGAUUAUGACAUUCGCUAUUACAUCUACGAGUUAUUCAAGGCAUUAGAUUACUGUCAUUCACAAGGCAUUAUGCACCGAGAUGUGAAGCCUCACAAUGUUAUGAUAGAUCAUGAGCUUCGUAUUUUAUUGUUGACCAUAUGCUGCCAUCAUAUAUAUGGCCAUGACAGCCACGAUCAGCUUGUUAAGAUUGCUUAGGUACUUGGAGCAGAAUGGACUGAAUGCUUAUUUGAACAUGCACAGAAUUGAGCUUGACCCUCAGCUUGAAGCCCUCAUCGGAAGGUGCACCCUUAAUUCCAACAAUGGAGAGCUGUAGAGAACAGCAGGACGCGCGUAUAUAUAUAACUGAAUCAUCAGCUGGGCUCCAUCAAUCUUCAGCUGUAUAAUAGUGGUUGGGUCACUUGACGGAAACAAAAGAUUAUGAGGGAGCCUCGGUUGUAGCCUGUCUUUAACUACAUUGACAAGGAACGCAAAUUUAUUCAGAUUAUGAGCUUGAGAUGUGAUUGCGAACAUUAUUUUCAUGUAAGGUGUUUGCCAUAAAAGGUUAUCUGUUGGCAGAUUGUACCACUGUAUUAUUGAGCUUGUAAAGAAUUACCAACCAUUUGUUUGGACCCCAUCAAGCUCGUGAGCUA